UCCUAUUCAGCAGUGUUGUGCUACUAUGGAGCAGACAUGAGCCGCCUGUGUGGACUUUUACCUGACUCUCUGACACUCAGUGUAAGGACUGCUCCCUGUGUUAUUUAAAGCUUUAACAGGUCGGCUUUAUUUAAAGUUAUUUUUAUUAUAACGGAAGCACCAGUUUCCUGCUCUGCUAUGUAGCUACUGUUUGUCCAGCCUGCAGCAUCAGGGCGAAACACUGUAUAUAAACGUGUCAUUACGGCGGAACAGUUAGAUUUAAUUGACAGCUCUCUCUGACAUCACUGUAUGAAGUUGUGAAGCUUGUGAAGAGGCAGGCUUCAUCAUGACAGAGCGGACUCCUCUUCUCCACUACCGCCUCUCCACCAGCGUCAAUGAGUCCGAGCGGCGGCCCCCUCCGGCCGGCCAGGCCCUGGCACAGCACCCGGGCAGCCCCCGGCAGAGGUCCACCCAGCAGCGGCAGCCGAAGAAACUGUCCAUCUUCUUCGGUGUGGUGAUCCCCACCCUGCUGUCCAUGUUCAGCGUGGUGGUGUUCCUCAGAAUAGGAUUCGUGGUGGGCCAGUCCGGACUCUACCAAGCUAUCGCCAUGUUCCUGGUGGCGUACUUCAUCAUCUGCAUGACCGUGCUGUCAGUGUGUGCCAUCUCCACCAAUGGAGCCCUGGAUGCUGGAGGGGCCUAUUACAUGAUCAGCAGAGCGUUGGGGCCAGAGUUUGGCGGCAGUAUCGGCAUCAUGUUCUUCUUUGCUAACGUGUGUGGCAGCGCCCUCUAUGUGCUCGGUCUGGUCGAAGCCAUCGUGGCCACAUUCGGAGUGCCAGAAGACGGGUCUCUGGCCACCUCUGCCUACCAGGUCCUGCCGUCGGGCUACUGGUGGUCUCUGCUCUACGCCACUGGUGUGGCGCUGCUGUGCCUGCUGGUGUGCCUGGUGGGAGCCCACAUCUAUGCCAAGGCCACCUUUCUCAUCUUCCUGGUGGUCAUGUUUGUCCUGGGCACCAUCUUCAUCAGCUUCUUCGCCGUUGGCCCUCGUACCAUCGUCCUGCCCAGCUCUGCAACAUUCAACCCGACAGCCAACAGAACAGGCCCCCCGUUUCCCACCUCGGCCAACUUCACUGGCUUCAAGCUGGACACGCUGCUCGGGAACCUUUGGGCUAACUACACUGUGGAUUACACAACAGGAAAUAUGAUGACCUUCGCCACUGUGUUCGCCGUUAUGUUUAACGGCUGCACCGGCAUCAUGGCUGGCUCUAACAUGUCAGGUGACUUGAAGAAUCCGAGCUACGCCAUCCCCCGCGGCACCAUCACAGCCGUCAUCUUCACCUUCAUCAUCUACAACCUGCUCAGUGUGCUGGUGGCCUGCUCCUGUGACCGUAUCCUGCUCCAGAGAGAUUACAGCUUCCUAAGAGACAUCAACAUCUGGAACCCCUUUGUCACCAUCGGAGUUUAUUCCUCCACUCUCUCCGCUGCCAUGAGCAACCUCAUCGGAGCCUCGCGCAUCCUCUACGCCCUGGCCCGGGAUGACUUGUUUGGUAAGGUGCUGUCUCCGGCUAAGAAGACGUCCCAUAGUGGUAACCCCUGGGUUUCUGUGCUCAUCUCCUGGUUCCUUGUGCAGCUGGUGCUUUUUUCGGGGAAGCUCAACACCAUCGCCAGUAUUGUGACCAUCUUCUUCCUGCUGGUGUAUGCGGCUGUGGACUUGGCCUGCCUCGCUCUGGAAUGGGCCUCUGCUCCUAAUUUCAGGCCCACCUUCCGUUACUUCACCUGGCAUACGUGCGUGUUGGGCAUCGUGGGUUGUGCCGUCAUGAUGUUCCUGAUCAACGCCAUCUACGCCUCGGCCAGCAUCGCCUUCAUGCUGCUGCUGCUUCUGCUGAUUCACUACCUCAGUCCCACCUCCAGCUGGGGCUACAUCAGCCAGGCUCUCAUUUUCCACCAGGUGCGUAAGUACCUGCUGAUGCUGGACGUGAGGAAGGACCACGUCAAGUUCUGGAGGCCUCAGGUCCUGCUGAUGGUUUCCAACCCUCGCAGCAGUGUGGGCCUCAUCACAUUCAUUAAUGACAUCAAGAAGAGCGGCCUCUACGUGCUGGGACACGUCCAACUCGGAGAUCUCAACACUUUGCCGUCCGACCCUCUGCAGUCCCAGUAUGACUCCUGGUUGUCCCUGGUGGACCAUCUGAACAUCAAAGCUUUUGUCAACUUGACAUUGGCUGAUUCUGUGCGUCAUGGAGUCCAACACCUCCUCUUCAUCUCUGGAUUAGGUGGCAUGCGUCCUAACACCCUCGUCCUCGGUUUCUAUGACGACUGUCUCCCAAAGGACAAGCUGAUUGAUCCGGUGCUCUCCACCAGUCAGUCCACAGAUCCCUCGGCCUCCUCGCAGGAGUUCGAUCAACAGCCCCCUCUCUUCCAUUUCGCCUCCUUGCGGGGGUCCAGUGACAGACAGGACUGUGGUGAAUUUGGGGACGGGAAGGUUCUCGGACCACAGGAGUACGUGGCUAUCAUCGCUGACGCCAUGAAGAUGCUGAAGAAUGUGGUGCUUGCCCGAUACUUCAACAACUUCGACCGAGCCGAGGUCCUCUCGCCUCCCUCCUCCUCUCCAGGGAAAGGAGCUGUGUACGUCGACGUCUGGCCGGUCAACCUCCUGCGUCCGGACAGCUGCAGCUACGUCGAUACCUGCUCUCUGUUCCUGCUGCAGAUAGCAUGUAUCCUCAACAUGGUGAGGGCCUGGCGCAAAGCGAGGCUCCGUCUCUUCCUGUGCGUGGAGGAAGGACGAAGCGUGCGAGGCUCUGAGGAGAAGCUGGGCCAGCUGCUGAAGGAGCUGAGAAUCAAAGCUCAGGUCUACACUGUGCCCUGGGACCAGCAGGUGGCGCUACACUGGCAGCGCCAAGGCGAGUGGGGCAAGAAGCAGCUGUCACAGUCCCCAGAUACCAUUAAAGAGGAGAAGAAGCAGAGAGCAGACGAGGAAGAGGAGAACGAUGAUGAUUACGUUAACAGCUUCCCGAGCAACACCACGCGCCUGUCUGAUGACUACCUGUCAGCUGUCAAUAAGCUGAUCCUGGACUCAGCCCGGCCCGCCCCUGCUGUGCGCUUCCUCUACUUACCCCGCCCCCCAGCUGACACCCGCCGCUACACCACCUACUUACACCAGCUGCAGCUGCUGACUCAGGACCUGGGCCCCACGCUGCUCAUCCACGGUGUCACACCUGUCAUCACCACCGACCUUUGAACAUUCAGUGAGGUGUGACUGGGACGCCGAGGGCGGUGAGAUCAGCAGGAAAUUUUGUUUGAAGGUGUGUGGACCAGAAUCGCCGCAGCAGUGCCCUGACACUGACCUCUCCACCCAACGACAGAGCCCUGAAACUUGACCCAGGCAGUGAUGUCACUGCGGACUCAUUGAUACCACCUGCACUGCCUCGCACAAUAUGGAGGCACGGUGUCUGUAGAGAUGCAGCCUGCUUUAGAAUACUGAAAAUGAAUACUGAAUAUUUUACUUGGCCACUUGAGGAUCAGAAAUAUCCUGCCUUUCUGCACAUAUUUAACCUUUCCUUCUUUCUGUGUGUGUUCUCAGCUUGUGGCUCUGCUGUUCCCAUCAAGCUCCUGAAGGCACCAUGAUUUUAAAAUUUUAGGUCAACCUUGUCGUAAGCCUUAAACAAUCGGACUGACUGAAUGUACCCAAUUAAAGUUAACAGCUUUUCAGACAAAUGUACAACCUGCCAAACACAAGGCUGCUACCAGGCCAGUCAGAGCAGUAUCAAGGGAGAGAGUUAGACUGCCAGUCCACCUCUGUCAGUUAUUUCUUCAUCCAUUCCUAAUAUACAGAGAGCGCUCUAAUUCCUGAUGCAUCCUAACCUGAAUCUGAAGUAUCCUCUGACUCCCCUUUGUCCUCUCCUGAGAUGUUUCCUUGCUGUGCUGCUGCUCAGAUUCCUUAAAAUGACCAUUCCAUAUGUGUUCACAUCAAGAAGUGCCUCGCUAGUUAGGGAGCGAAAGUUUGGACUCAUUCCAUCACGGACAGAAAGUUGGACCGUGUUACACCUCGGAGCAGUUAUUUGCAGGAAAUCUGCUUUUCCAUUUUAGGAGCUCAGAACAAAGGAAACAGUUAGUACAGUAAUAACGACGGUGCUACUAUAGAAGUCUAAAGAGUUUUAUUCCAAAAUAAUUUAAUGUGGGAUCUCAGGAAGACAUUCCUCUGCUUCCAAGGUGCACUUUUGUCCUUCCUUUUACCAAACUGCAUGUUUUGUGCAGCUCUUUAAAAACCCUUUGAACAUGUUUACAGCGCCAAUAACUACUGUGAUCAUCCACCAUAUUGUACUGAUUGUUUUUAUGUGUUUUAGCCACUUUUAGAAAAGUUUUUUACUCACUAGUGACCACAGUGCCCCAGCGCCUCAGUGCUGAAGUGCCUAACACAAGUUUGAUAUUUGCUGAACUCUACAGCCUCUGCCUGAACACAAAGUAUUUGUAGCCUUUAAAGUGAACUUAUGUACUUUGGCUGAGAAGUGGUGACAGUUUUCAUUCACAGGAUAAAUCACAGUAAUUAUUAAAACAUAUUGUACCAGUAGCACAAAGAAGAGAACUGAAUUAGAGGCCGUACACAUGCUGUGUCUUCAAUCACCUUGAAAAUGCGAGGUAGGGCGCUGGGUGCGACUCCUGUGCCUUUUCUGUGCCAGCUUUCAAGAGCGCAGUGGCAGGUUGCGUCUGAAGUUGCUAGGCAACCUCCACAAGCACCGUAUCAAAGCCUAUUUACCUGAAAUCCUGAGAGCAGAGCUGAUCUUCUUCCAGGAGCUGUUUGUAAGUGUGUCGGCCUAUCGUCUGUGGGACAGAUGUGAAGCUCUGAGUAGCCCUGCACGAACAUGAUCAACUUCUCCGUGUUUAUCAGACUGACAUUUACUGAUGAUGGGAAAGAUAUCUGUCAACUGUGAUUGGUUGGUCCUGGUCACAUGACAUGUGGUGUGCUCUGCUGUGUUCUAAAAGUUGAACUCAGUUUAUAUCAGGGUGCAGCAGUUGUGCCCUGAAAAAUAGGCACUCAGGAAGGUUCGGUUCCAUAACAGCGUCUGGUGUUUGAGGACGCCUGCUACGCAUCUGCAUUGAAAACAAUGAAUUUUUCGGGUGCAAAAAGCACGUUAGUCGACAACGAAGGUCAUUAGUCAGCAAGAUUUCAAUGGUCACUUAGUCACAGAAAAAAAUUGAUUGACUACAGCGGAGAAGUCAAAGCCCAAAAGUUAUAAAUGUUUAAUGAAAUCACUGCUAACCAUGAUGUGUGAUCAAAUCCAGUGACAGUAAAUAUUCUGCCGAUAGAAUUCUCUGAACACGGGCAUCCAGUUAAACACACUUCUGUAAUGUGUUUGUCUAUAAAGUGAUCAAAUUUCUCACUGUUGUGCCAUAUAGCCUGCCAAAUAGAGGUCUUCACGGAUCUGCCAGGAACCGACAAGCGGACACUAGGACUCGUACGGGUUGGGGUCCAAGUUACUGCGGUUCCGGAGUCUGUUUAUUAGGACUGCCCCCUAAUAAUCAACCAAACGUUUGACAAGAUUUCAUUGGUCACUUAGUAGAAACUCUAUUAGGAGCUGCACCUUGUCAAAAUAAAUCAAAACCUAUAUGACUGAGCCAUGUGGGACUUUAAUUUGAAAGGACAGACACAGGAAGUGUCCACGCUCAGCAGUCAGACAGGAGUCAGGUUAAUCUCCAGGGCUGGUACCUGCGGUUAUUCCACAGGCUAGUUAAUAACAUGUCGGGCAGGAAAUCCAAAGUGUGGGAUCAUUUUGAGAAGGUGAAGGACGAACCCAAGGUGAUAUGUAAACUCAUCUUCAUUGGUCGACUACAAACAU